AUUAGUACAAUAUUUUUAUAUGAAGAUAGACAUGGAAAUGUUAUUGACGAGGAAGAUGGUCCUGAAUCCAUAAAUUACAUUGUUGUUGAGACAUUUGCUACUCGCCGUGAAUACAUGAACACAGUCUUCUCGAGUGGAUCAUCUCUGACUUCUCCUAUGUUGAUAGAAAAGCCAAAAGAUGAGGAUACCUGCGUGGAUGAGGUAAAUGUAAAACGAAAUUAUGUUUGUUAUACUGUCCAGGAUAAAGCUCGGCUUUUUUUUAGCUGA